CCGAGCCCCUUCGGCAGCUUCCGGAAACCCAGCGGGCGGGCGCCCGAGUACGGUCGGAUGUCCCCGGCGCGGCCGUGACGCGCCGGCGGAGGGAGGGCGCCGUCGCUCCCGCCUCAGCGGCACAUGCGGCUGUUCUCGCGAGCCCUCCGCGCGGCGCGGGGCUGCUGCGCCGCCGCGCUUCCCCAUCGGGGCCUCCGAGCAGCGCCGGCCGCGAGCAGCGCGGCGGGGAGAUGCGCGCCCCAGCCGCGCCGCGGGCUGAGCACCCGGCCUGCCCUGGACGAGCUGUUCGCCGCCCCGUCCUUGCGGCGGCUGCUGGAGGCGCGGGCACGGGCCGCGGGCGGGGCGGCGCCGCAGCUGGCGGCGAGCGUGCGACGGCUGCGCGACAAGGAGCGCGAGCUGCGCGACACGCGCGAGCUGGCGCGGCAAGAUGAGAAUCAAGAUUUACGGAAGCUUGCAGAAAUGGAAAUUGCCUCCUGUGAAGAAGAGAUAGCUGAACUGAAACAACAGAUAGUGUUGCUUUUGAUUCCUUCAGAAGAAACAGAUGAGAGUGAUCUGGUCAUGGAAGUAACUGCUGGAGUUGGAGGGCAGGAAGCCAUGCUGUUCACUUCGGAGAUAUUUGAUAUGUAUCAACGAUAUGCUGCCUAUAAAAAAUGGAAAUUUGAAGUAUUAGAAUACUUUCCCAGUGAAAUAGGUGGCCUAAGACAUGCAGUAGCCAGUAUAGCAGGUCUUGAAGCUUACAAAUACAUGAAGUUUGAAGGAGGAGUGCAUCGUGUACAGCGGGUACCAAAGACAGAAAAACAAGGACGCAUUCACACCAGCACAAUGACUGUUGCAAUAUUACCCCAACCCACUAAGAUGAGCCUGGAAAUUAAUCCAAAAGAUCUACGGAUAGAAACAAAGCGAGCUAGUGGAGCUGGAGGCCAGCAUGUCAAUACCACAGAUAGUGCUGUAAGGAUAGUUCAUAUUCCAACAGGGAUCGUGUCUGAAUGUCAGCAAGAAAGAUCUCAAAUUAGAAACAAAGAGAAAGCUAUGCAAAUGCUAUCUGCUAAACUAUACAGUGCCAAACUAGAAGAAGAAACUAAAAAGAGAAACAGUGUUCGAAAGAUUCAGAUUGGAACUAAAGGAAGAUCAGAGAAGAUCAGAACAUACAACUUUCCACAGGACCGGAUUACAGACCACAGAAUAAGCAGAUCAGUGCAUCAUGUUGAGUCUUUCAUGUUAGGGGAAGAAAUGCUAGAUGAAAUGAUACAAACUCUGAGAGAAUAUGCUGAUUUUGAAUCUUUAAUGGAAAUUAUUUCAGAAAAUGAAAAAAAUAAUUCCUCCUGAACAUUGCUGUUUCUCAGCCCAUUAGAACAGAUGUUGUUAAGGUCUGUAAAGAAGCUCCUUGGAGUACUACCCAGAAAAUGGAACUGCUUUUCAGAUCAUGAAAAACACCACAACUUGUUUCCUCAUGACUAAUAAACAGUUUUCUUACUAGCUGUGUAAAAGA